AUGUUCACGUCGUUGUUGCAGCGGGUAUGCUCGCCGCUGUUGCAGGUGCUGCCCAUGCAGAGGCUGGCCGUAACGCCCCUGACCAUCCUUGCGCGGGCCAAGACAGGCGGUCGCACAUACCAGCCAAGCAACCUGAAACGCAAGAGGCGCCAUGGUUUCCUGAAGCGGCUAUCCACAGUUGGCGGGCGCCGCGUGCUGGAGCGAAGAAAGGCUAAAGGCCGCAAGUACCUGUCCCACUGA